CGGGAUUCUUGUGCUUCCGCCAGUGACUGUCAGCCAAUCGGUGGCCUCAGAUAUCGUCCACGUGAGAACUUCUUACCUACAUGCACCUGAUUAGAAUGCCGCCGCUCAGAGCCCUGCGCUGCAUUGUGCAGAGAGGUUAUGUGACUGGCUGUCAUAGAGUUUUCUCUCCAUCAAUCAAUCAUAUCUACUUACACAGGCAGUUAAACAUUCAACAAAGGAGAUGUUUCUCUUUGCGAAGACAAAGAAGCACUGCUUAUAGUAUAGUUUGGCCAGGUACAGUUUCCCCCGCUCAUCUAAUUCCUGAGCACAUAAUGAAGCCAGACUAUGUGACGACAGGCAUUGUGCCCGACUGGGGAGACUCCAUUGAAAUUAAGGACGAAGAUCAGAUUCAAGGGCUUCGUCAGGCUUGUCAGCUAGCCCGUCAUAUUUUACUUAUGGCCGGGAAAAUGUUAAAGAUUGGCAUUACAACUGAAGAAAUAGAUCUAUUUGUUCAUCGGAGUAUUAUUAGUGAAAAUGCUUAUCCAUCCCCAUUAGGUUAUGGCGGGUUCCCCAAAUCUGUGUGCACCUCCGUAAACAAUGUGGUCUGCCAUGGGAUUCCAGAUAGCCGACCCCUUGAGGAUGGAGAUAUUAUCAACAUAGACGUCACUGUAUAUAGUGGCGGACACCACGGGGACACAUCUGAAACUUUUCUUGUGGGAAAUGUGGACGAAGACGGACGAAAACUAGUUGAGACUGCCAGAAGAUGCAGGGAUGAAGCAAUAGCAGCUUGCAAACCAGGAGCUCCCUUUUCUGUGAUCGGAAACACAAUCAGCCGUAUAGCUGCUGAGAACAAUUUUCAAGUCUGCCCUCAAUUUGUUGGCCAUGGAAUUGGUACGUUUUUUCAUGGGCACCCAGAAAUUUGGCAUCAUGUCCGAUUCUACUGGGGUGUCCUCCCUAGAAGUUGCUGUUCUGCAAAUGGUGUUGCAAUUCAACAACCCUCAAAGGGAGGAGAAGAGAGAAAGAAGGAAUCGAUCGAUCAAUCAAUCAAUAAAUUGUGUGCAAAUGUUAAUGAUAUGGAAAUGGAAGAAGGGAUGGCAUUUACUAUAGAACCCAUUAUAAUGGAGGGCUCUCCUGAUUUUAGGAUUCUCAAGGACAAAUGGACAGCGGUAUCAAUGGAUAAUAAAAGAUCAGCCCAGUUUGAGCAUACCAUUGUACUCACAUCAGGAGGAGCUGACAUCUUGACUAAACUGCCAGAAGAGGAGUAGUCCACACCACAGUCCCAUUUUCUAUAUUAUUAGUGGGGGGUCUAGAAAUAUUAACGCUAACACCAGCGCAAGCAAAGCCAGGUGGACUGUAAUAAUAUUGAAUGGCCUCUUAAUAAAUUGCGAAGCACAUAUGUAUAGAUUUAUAAACCUGCGAUUGAAUGUGCAAGUUAUCUGUGGGUACUAAUAUAUCUACCUACGUUAUGGGUCAGGGUAUAAAGCCCAGUGAAGUACAAGAAUGCUCCCAAUAUAAAAUAAAUAUAUAGAGUGUUGUUCAUAUUCUCAAGGGUUCGAAUUUUGUAAUAUUUUUAGUUUGUGAUCACCUAAUUGGAUAAUAAAGGUGUUUUACACAAAGCAAUACAA